GGCGCCGUUCGAGAAACUUCCGGAAACUGGCCCGGGGGCGGAAGUGACGGCGCGGCGUGACGCCACUUCCUGUGUUUGCGGCUGAGGCGAGCAGCCGCUGUCGCGGGCUGCCGGCGGGGGAGGUCGCGGCCGCGCUGCGAGGAGGCCCCGGGCCCGGAUUUGAAAGACCCAUCUGUUGUGAACAAGACAACUGCUGAAACAUGGUGGAUUACUAUGAAGUCCUGGGAGUGCAGAAGCAUGCUUCACCAGAAGAUAUUAAAAAAGCGUACCGUAAACUGGCAUUAAAAUGGCACCCUGACAAAAAUCCGGACAACAAAGAAGAGGCAGAGCGGCAAUUUAAACAAGUGGCUGAGGCCUAUGAAGUUUUGUCAGACGCUAAAAAACGUGACAUCUAUGACAGAUACGGAAAAGAAGGCUUAAUAAAUGGAGGUGGAGGUGGAAGUCAUCAUGAUAAUCCAUUUGAAUUUGGAUUUACAUUCCGUAACCCAGAGGAUGUCUUCAGGGAGUUUUUUGGUGGAAGGGACCCUUUUUCAUUUGACUUCUUCGAAGAUCCUUUUGAAGACUUUUUUGGGAGCAGGCGGGGUCCAAGAGGAAGCAGAGGUGGUGGAUCAUUUUUCUCUGCUUUUGGUGGAUUCCCUGGUUUUGGAAGUGCUUUUCCUUCAUUUGACACAGGUUUUACUUCGUUUGGUUCGCUGGGACAUGGAGGUCUUACUUCGUUUUCCUCCGCAUCGUUUGGUGGCAGUGGCAUGGGUAACUUCAAAUCAGUAUCAACCUCAACUAAAAUAGUCAAUGGCAGAAAAAUUACUACAAAGAGAAUUGUUGAGAACGGACAAGAGAGAGUAGAAGUUGAAGAAGAUGGCCAGUUAAGGUCGCUAACAAUAAAUGGUGAGGCAGACGAAGAAGCCUUUGCCGAGGAGUGCAGACGGAGGGGACAGCACGCCCUGCCUUUCCAGCCCACCAACACUCGCCUGCUGAAGCCUCACAAGCCUGCCAGCUCCCCCAAAUAUGCCUAUCAUUAUAAUAGCGAUGAGGUGGAAGAGCAAGAUAGAAGCCGAGUUACAAGCAGCUUGGAGACCCCUUUUUAUUUAUCAGGAUACAAAGAAGGCAGCAAGAGGAGGAAGCAGAAGCAGAGAGAGGAACAGAAGAAGAAGAAGUCAACCAAAGGGAGUUACUAAAAUGGACUUCUCUGCUAUGCCAAUACCUUUACAAUAACAGCAACUUACGUUACAUUUGAGCACAACUCUUCUGAGUAUAUAUUUUUUUUGAUUGUUCACACUGCUAGUAAGGAAGUGACUCAUGUUUAAAACUGUACUAAAAUUGCACUAUAUUAUUCUUUUUAGUUUCACGGAGUGGCUUUCUUGCCAGUCAGGUUAAGGAAUUUGGACGAGGCUGAACUUGGUUAGAAGUGUGUUAUGUUUGACAAUUGGAAAACAUUACAGAAUCUCUUACCUCUUCCUUCCCUGGGACUAAAACUACUCUAGUCUAGUGUUUAUUUGUUUUGUAGGUUAUAGACAGUUGUGCAAAUGCCUGCUUGUCCAGUCACUCUAGCAUCAACAUCAGGCUUGUUGAAAGAGUUAAACAUCAAUCCCGUUCCUUCAUGUCACUGGGAGUCGGACUGAGACGUGCUCUCAUGUGGUAAUUUAUGCAGACUUAAUAAAUGACUUCUGUGUUUUUUUUUUUUUUUUUUUUUUUUCUCCCAAGCUGGGCAGCAAAGGUUUGUCCCUGCUAUUAAAAUGUUCCUUCUUUUUAAAGUGUAUAAUGAAGUUAUAUCCUCUGGUUUUAAGAAACUUAGUGUAAUGAUGGUCUUCUGUAACACUUCUGCUGAUUUCUUUAAGCGUAGCUGACUCCCGGUGAAUCAUUUAGUGAAAUCAUUCCUUAUUUUAAAAUUUUGUUUUCAGAAGCUAGAGACAAAUGAUCUAAGUGCUACUUUAAAACUGCUCUUUGUUUCUGUUGAGUAGCUUUUAGAUAAUGAAAAUAUUUCGGGAUCUGCGUAAGAUUUUCUCUUUUUUUUUUUUUUUUCUGCAAAGGACUUGCAUCCUUAUGUAUGAAACCAUUUUGCAUCAGUUUUAUUGCAGGACUAAUUUUUUUAGCUUGAAAACAUGUCUUCAGUUUAAAAUAAAUCUACAUUUUCUGGCUAGAUUACUUCCUUGCUCCCCGUAAUUGUCUCAUGUGCAUGAUCCAUUGCUUCUCUUAACCUUCUAGUUUGUCCAGAGCCCUUCUGUUGCCUUAAGCAUUUACCUGCAUGUUUCUCAUCAGUACGUAGUCUCUUCUUUUUAACCUUCAGGUAGGAGUUACCAACUCAUGGUUUUGUUUUGUUUCUUGUCUUCCUCUUGCCAAUAUGUUGUUGAUGUAACAGACUUAAACCUAGCAAUACUGAAAGUCCACGGUUCCUGGAGAAACUCACUCCCUCGUGUAUGUAGCGAUACACAUAAUGGUGUAAGGAAGAAGCUAAACAGGAAAAAUCAAGUCUGCAUUUUAGCAUGGUUUGAUAUAACAAAUUCUGGUGUCUGUGGUAUCUGAAUGGUUUAGCUUCUAAUGCUUACAUUACAGAACGUAACCUUACGCAAACAUAUAACCAUACAUGAACUCUGUUAGGGUAUUUAAAUUAAGGUUAAUAUGAAAUAAGCCUGAGUACCAUUUUUUUCUGUCACUUAAGUACCACUUUUUCAUUUUUGUGCAGUGUUACUAAUAUUUAAAAAUAAAGAAAAUUCUCCUUU